GUUUAAGUCUACUGAAUGAGCUAUAUCUGGGCCUUGUUUCCGUAAGUGACACGUGUAAGGCAGUUCUCCGACAGAGGGAUGAGCAAGGGACCACGCUCUGACAGACUGAAGGUUCAAGGGCCAUGGAGUCACAGAACUGGGGUAUCACAAAGAGGUGAAGAUGUCUCAGGUUAAACAGGUCGGGCUUCUGGCUGCUGGCUGUCAGCCUUGGAACAAAGAUGUUUGCGUCGCCAGUGGAGACAGAUUUGCAUAUUGCGCUACACUGGCGAUAUAUGUUUAUCAGCUUGAUCACAGGUACAAUGAAUUCAAACUUUACGCAAUUAUGUCUGAACACAAGAAGACCAUCACAGCUAUCUCGUGGUGUCCUCACAACCCUGACAUGUUUGCCAGCGCAAGUGCUGACAACCUCAUUAUCAUCUGGAAUGUGGCUGAACAAAAAGUGAUAGCAAGACUGGACAACACAAAAGGAAUUCCUGCUUCACUCAGUUGGUGCUGGAAUUCAGGUGAGGCAGUGGCAUUUGUCUCUCAUCGGGGUCCACUCUACAUCUGGACAAUCUCAGGAGCAGAGUGUGGGGUAGCGGUUCACAAAGAAGCGCACAGCUUCCUGUCAGACAUCUGCCUUUUCAGAUGGCAUCCUAGAAAGAAAGGCAAGGUGGUCUUUGGACACACAGAUGGCAGCCUGUCCAUCUUCCAGCCUGGUACCAAGAGUCAGAAGCAUGUGCUGAGACCAGAAUCAUUGGAGGGAACGGAUGAAGAAGAUCCAAUCACAGCCCUGGAAUGGGAUCCACUCUCCACUGACUACCUACUGGUGGCCAACCUACACAAUGGAAUUCGAUUGGUUGAUUCCGAGUCACUCUCUUGUAUUACAACCUUCAGUUUCCCGAGCGCUGCAGCAUCAGUGCAGUGCCUGGCCUGGGUCCCCAGUGCUCCAGGGAUGUUCAUAACCGGAGACUCUCAAGUUGGUGUUUUGCGAGUUUGGAAUGUCUCAAGAACAACGCCAAUUGAUAACUUCAAGUUGAAGAAGACAGGAUUUCAUGCUUUACAUGUGCUGAGUUCUUCACCAAAGAAAAAAUGUUAUUCGACCCAUUCUCCUUCUAAGAAUCACCAUACGUCAUCAACCAGUGAAGCCAUUCCCCCUCCAACCCUCUCUCAAAAUCAAGCAUUUUCUCUUCCACCUGGACAUGCGGUGUGUUGUUUCAUGGAUGGUGGAGUUGGGCUAUAUGACAUGGGAGAGAAGAAGUGGAACUUUCUGCGAGAUUUGGGUCAUGUGGAAACAAUCUUUGACUGUAAAUUUAAACCAGAUGAUCCCAACCUCCUAGCCACGGCAUCAUUUGAUGGGACAAUAAAGGUGUGGGAUAUAAACACAUUGACAGCAGUCUACACUUCCCCGGGUAAUGAGGGAGUAAUCUACUCCUUGUCCUGGGCUCCAGGUGACCUUAACUGCAUCGCAGGUGCAACCUCACGCAACGGAGCCUUUAUAUGGGAUGUAAAAAAAGGAAAAACAGUUACUCGGUUUAAUGAGCACGGUAAAAAUGGAAUCUUCUGCAUUGCUUGGAGCCACAAGGAUUCUAAAAGGAUAGCAACAUGUAGUGGCGAUGGAUUUUGUAUUAUUCGAACAAUCGAUGGGAAACUCCUGCACAAGUACAAGCAUCCGGCUGCUGUCUUUGGCUGUGAUUGGAGCCAGAACAAUAAAGAUAUGAUUGCCACUGGCUGCGAGGAUAAGAGUGUUCGAGUUUACUAUUUAGCAACCAGCUCUGACCAGCCACUCAAAGUUUUCACUGGGCACACUGCCAAAGUGUUUCACGUUAGAUGGUCUCCCCUGAGAGAAGGCAUCCUUUGUAGCGGUUCUGAUGACAGUACUGUGAGGAUAUGGGACUACACACAGGAUGCCUGUAUCAAUAUUCUAAGUGGACACAAAGCACCAGUACGAGGUCUAAUGUGGAACACAGAAGUCCCCUACCUCUUGAUAUCGGGCAGUUGGGAUUACACUAUCCGUGUCUGGGACACCAGAGAUGGAACCUGCCUGGACACAGUGUAUGAUCAUGGUGCUGAUGUCUAUGGUUUGACCUGUCACCCCAACAGGCCUUUUACCAUGGCAUCAUGUUCGAGAGACUCCACAGUGAGGCUUUGGUCAUUAACACCUCUGAUUUCUCCUCUCCAAAUAAACAUUCUGGCUGAACAACAGUGGGAGGAAAUAAUUGGGAAUACAGAUCGUGCAAUGUCCCCAGGUGCUCCCCCUUUGCUUUGUGGGAAAGUGUCCCGGGAUAUCAAGCAAGAGCUGGAUAAACUCACGAGUAAUGUGCGGAUUAAGAAGCUGAGAUGGUUCUCGGAAUGUUUGUCACCCCCAGGAGGCAGUAAAAAUCUCUGGGACUUGGUGGCUGUUUUAAAAGACCAAGAUGACAGUCUACUCCCACAGAACUACUGCAAAGGAAUAAUGCACAUUAAACAUCUGGUCAGGUUCAAAACUUCCAAAGCUCAAGAGUUAACGACCGUGAAGAUGUCCAAAUUUGGAGGUGGAAUCGGUGCACCAACCAAGGAGGAGAGACUGAAGGAGGCCGCUGGGAUUCAUCUGCGACUGGGUCAGAUCCAGAGAUACUGCGAGCUAAUGGUGGAACUUGGAGAGUGGGACAAAGCACUAUCAGUGGCACCUGGGGUGUCAAUGAAAUACUGGAAGAAGCUGAUGCAACGGAGAGCUGACCAGCUAAUUCAAGAAGGGAAUGAUGAAGUGAUUCCAUACUGUAUUGCCACUGGGGAUGUGAAGAAACUGGUGUCUUUCUUCACCUCUCGAGGCCAGCUGAAUGAAGCACUCUUAGUUACUCAGGCAGCCCAUGAAGGAAACAUUCAAGGACCACAGAUCUCAGCACCAAAUGGAGCAGCGUGUGGCGAUGGGAAUAACAAAUCAGAAGAUUACAAUGAUUUGUUGCACAGGGUGAGUAAGGAGCUGGCAGAAUGGUACUUCCAAGACGGACGAGCAGUGUUGGCUGCGUGUUGCCACCUUGCGGUGAAUGACAUUGAGCUUGCAAUGUCGAACUUGGUCCGUGGCAAUGAGUUGGAGCUGGCAGUUUGCGUGGGAACAGUGCUGGGGGAUAGUGCCAUGCCUGUGACAAACUAUGUCCUGGAAUUAUUGGCCCGGAGGUGCAUGUCAACAACAACUUGGGAUCUAGCGGCUGACUUGUUGACCAUGAUACCUGACAGUGAGCUGUUGUUGGUCAAACUGUGCGCCUUCUACCCAGGAAGCACUGCAGAGGUUGAUGAUCUUCAUGAGAAGUGUCAUUUACCAACCUGUGAAGAAUGUUUGCAAAUCGCGGAAACAUUUCAAAGUGAAGGGGAAAUGUUCCAAGCAGUAAAAUAUUAUUUAUUGAGUCCGGUGCCAGAAAAAGCACUUCCAAUUGGCCUUCUUUAUGUUAAAGAGCAGCUAAGUAGCCCUGAUUGGACUUUGGACUCCAUCCAUGAGAUCCUGGACUUGCUCAGCUACAUCCGCACUGACCGGCUGAUGCAACACAAGUGCAGCGAAUUUCGGAAUGAACUACUUAUAUUCUGCGGGUACAUUGCUACCUUACUGGCCAUGAGAAGACAUUACAACAGCAUUGUGCCUGCACUUUAUGAAUACACCAGCCAGCUCUUGAAGCGUAGAGAAGUGACAGUCCCAGUACGGAUUGAGCAGCUAUCAACCGAGCUGGAUGGGUGGAGAGCCUGCACUCAGUCAGCCAGCAAUCCUUCAAAACGCACGUCUCAUAUGCGUUGCUUUCCAAAUUCUGUCAGGUCAAUUGAGGACUUGCCUUAUACACCCCCUUCUGAAUCUCAAAGAGAAGUGUACAGCAUUUUGCUAAAAAGGAUUAAGGAGGAACCCAUCAAAGGACUGAUUGGUCCUGAUUAUGUCACAGGUUCUAAUCUUCCCAGUCACUCAGAUGUCCAUACCUCCUGCCUCACAGGCUUACGGAUACAGGGACCAGUGUAUUUCCUUGAGGAUGGAAGGUCAGCGAUCUCUCUGAACGAUGCAUUAAUGUGGGCCAAGGUCAACCCAUUCUCCCCCUUAGGGACAGGAAUGCGCCUGAAUCCAUUCUGAUCGGAGUAUGAAUGUGAAGAGAUGACCUUUUAUUAGUACUUUCACAUGGGUGACAGUUGCUAAGGUUGGUGCUGUACUGACUUCAGAGCCUGAAUGACUGGAGUGUGGCAUCACACAGUAAUACUGUACAUUUUACAAUGCGUUAGCUGCAAUAGUAUAAUGACAAGGAACUGCCCUUCCCUUGACUGUCUUUGGGAAGUGCAGUUGAUUCACAUAUGGAGCAGUUGACAGGAUAAAUUCUCCCUCGAGACGGGAAAGGACUUUUCUUUUACACACCAGAAUGGAGAGGAUUUCUGGUUACUGUAGGAGCUAGCAAAAUAACACGCCUCCUGUUUCAGCAAAAUCCAGAUUGAUCUCUUUCUACCUUCUCUCAUCUCUUGCAAUUUCAACACCUCACAGCAUUCCUUCACCUGCAAAAGGGAAUGAUCCAGUUCUGGAAACAGUUGCAGAUAUUUUAUCCUCCAGUAGUUGGUGGAAAUAAAAAGAUGCAUGGUGAUCACUGACAUAGUUCACAAGAUAACUAACGCUCACUUGCAAAUAUGAUGUCUGAUUGUUUCGUCAGCUUUUAACAGCCAAUAUAGGAAUGCUACUCAACAGCUCUUGAUCAGCCAGCCAGUAAUAAAGUUUAAAAUUGCAGAAUCAUUUAGGUCUUAUAAGGCAAAUUUUGAAAGAUUUUGCUAUGUGCUACUAAACAUCACACACAGACACACACACACCAAAAUGGGAAGAAAAGCUUUAUUAUUACAGACUUUUUAUAAAACUAAGUAUUAUAAAUGUUGUUAAAUCAGCAUGAUCCCAAGUUAUGCUGAAUUAAUUAAACUGCAGAAAGUGCAACACAUCUUUAUUGAAAACACCAGAACAGUCCAUUGCCAAAUACCUCUUUAAUCUUUAAGUUUAC